UUAGAAAAGAAUAAAGUAAGAGGUAUUCGAGAGCUUCUAAAAUUCCUAGAAAUGACGUCAUUUUCUGAAAGAAAAAAAAGACGCGAAGCAAAAAUUUGCUAUUCGAACGAGAAAUAUGUCGGUCAAAAUAGCCAUUUUGUAUCAGGAGAUGAUAACAUAAGAGAUAACACAAUUUUAAUGAUUCUUGAAAACGACGUCAUACUCUAAGAAUUUGUAGAAAUUUUCAGCUCCUGGAAAAUACUUUCGGUCGAUUUUGUGAUUUUAUAUCAGGAGAAUAUGAUACCAUAGGAAGCGGCACGAUUUCGGCGAUACGAAAAGUCAGCAUUAAAAAAAAAGCAAUUUAUUUCUAUACAUUCCUAUUUAUUAGUAAAUAAAUUUUUACAUUUGAAAAAAUUACAUAUUAUAUAAAUCUGAACGAUACAAACAAAACAAACCAAACAUCGCGCCGUUCGUGUUUACUUUCUCAACCGUUAAGUUUUAAGACGGUUUUGUAGUCCAUGAGUCGGCACCAUUCUUGAACUGUCUGCGAAACUGAUCAAGUUAAUACUUUUGAAAACAUAAAACUUGAUUGUAAUUCGAAACCUUCUUUUUUCCUUCAAACAGGGAAAAAGGCAUAAAAGAUAAAAGAUUCUUACAGCGUCUUUUGUGAGCAUGAAUUUUGGGAGCAUGAAUUAAUAUAAUUGUUGAAAUAAUUUUUGCCAUAUUUUCAAUCAUAUAAUAUUGAUCGUAUUUGAUUGUUUGACAUUAAAUGAUAUCAUUUGUGUUAUAAAUUGAGAAAAUUGUUUGUUGUAUUUAAUGAACUUAAUUUUGGAACCUACCAUUUAUAUAAAGAUUAUUCUAUCCAUUUCCUGUAACCUUUUCUCAUUUUCAAUCAAAUUUAAUUCUACAAAACUAUCAUUGAAUUAUUCGACAUUAAUCAGUAAAGAAAUCUUGUAUCUUUUACGAUGUAUUGUUUAUAUUAAAGAUCGAGUUUUUUAUUAAAACUUGUUUUACGUUAUAAUAAAAUCUGUUUUAGUGAAUAGCAUUGUCAAUUACAAAUUAUUGGAAUUAUAUCACUCAUUAUGUGUUAAUAUCAAAAUUUGUUGGUAAACAAAACACUCUGGAAGUUAAAUAUAACGUAUUUCAAAGUAGUAUUUGCAUUUCUUCUCAUCCGAUACACGUCAAGAGAUCAACGAUUACGAGUAUACGAAAACAGUAAGUUGAAAUAGAAGAUAUGGAACAAGCGAAUUCCAUAAGUUCUACAGAUGAAACAUAUAGUUGCAAAAGAUCAAGUUCAAGAAUAAAUUUAAAUGAUGCUAUGUUUAUGUCAAUUAAUGACGAGGUCUUUUCAUACUCGGAUAACGAAUGUUUUCAUGAUAUAUUAGAUUCUAGUAUCUCAUUAAGGAAUGAAGACACAGAAAUCGACAUAUCAGUUGCAACUAAUACAGAAGGAAGCAAACAUAUUUCAAGUAUAUUUGAACACAAUGAUAGCACAAGUCUGUUUUCUUUACCUCGUACAAAAUCUAAUUCAGAUUAUGUAAGCAAUAACCUUACGAAUGAUUUUUUACAAAAUUCAAGUAAUUUGCAACAUCAACAAGACAUGGACACUGAAAAAGAUAAUUGCAAGACAAAUAAAGAUGUUUCAUUAAGGACACUAUUAAGGCAGAUGUUCGAUGAAAUUUUAGGAAGACAUGACUCUACAAAACAAUUAGGCAAAACUUAUAUUAACAGACAUUCAAGUAAUGAGUUUUUAUCAAAUAAUGGCAACUUAACAGACAAAUCGGACAAUUCUUUUGAAAUAAAUAAUAAUGACCCAGUAUGUCAAACACAAAAAUUUAAUAAUAUGGCGACAACUUCAAUUAAUAAUAUAAAUAACUAUAGUAAAAGUAAAAUUUCAUCUUCAUUUAAUACAUCUUCUUUAGACAGAUUCAAUUCUGAGCAAUUAAUUACAAUAUUGGAGGAUUCCAAUGAAAGUAGUAGCAAUUCAGAACUGAACGAUUCUCAGGAGUACUCUGGGAGAUGUAUAGGCAAAUUAAAACAUUUCUUUCCUCGUAAAGUAGUAAAUAAAUGGAUGAGCAGAAAGAUAGUUACCACCAGUGAUAUAAGUGAGAUAAGUGAUGCCACUACUAUGUCUUCAAACGUAUCAACUGAUAUCGAAAUACUAAGUAAAGAAAUUUUAAAAAAAGCAGAUAAUGUACUUGAAAACAGGAAUGAGAGAUUCGAUGUAAAACGGUCGUCAGUGUGCAAAUUAUGCGGGGUACAUAAAUUAUUUCUAAUUCCUUUCAUAACUAUAACUCCUUCAACUCCUUAAAAGAUUUCUAGAUAAAUAAACUAUUUAAUUUCAAAUUUUAAAAAUA